GCAGUUUUGAAACGAAACUCACUAGAGCUGAGACAUAAAUUAUUUAAAAUACAUUCAAAGCUUAGAAAUAAUUAAAUAAUAUAAUAAAUUGAGCAUUCAUGUUUUGGAUAUAGUUUGUGGACUAUUGAAUGCCGGAUUUGAAGUGAAAACUUUACUUGUUACGCGAAAACAAUACAGCUAUGGCUAGUGGCGACGAUGGUGCCGCGGGGAAGCGGAACUUGGUGGUGGACGAGGGCGCCUUUGAGGAGCAGUUCCUGCGCUGUCACAUCUGCAGGGAGAAGUACGAUCAGACGGAGAAGCCGCCCAAGUCUCUCCCGUGUAACCACACAUUCUGUCUAGCCUGCCUCACACAGAUAUAUGCUCACACCCAGACGAACCAAAGGCGGGCGUUAGCAUUCGCAGACGAGACCGUGCUGAAAUGCCCAACAUGUCGUGAGGAAACUUACGUCAGUCGACGAGAGGAAAUAGCCAACCUGCCUAACGACCACAGGGUCAUACAGAUGAUUGACUUUUUGUCACAAGUAGUCGUUAAAUCACAAAACUUCUGCUCCAAACACGAGCAGCAGCCUCUGAACUUUUUCUGUAAGUCGUGUAUGGUGCCUGUAUGCAGAGACUGUACCGUUUUGGACCAUAAAGAGAAUUCUGACCACGUGAUAGUCGAUGUCGCAAAGGCGCUUGAGGAUAAUGCAGACGAGUUCAACAAUGUUGAAAACAGAAGCAAACAGCUCCUACAAGGAAUGAAGUCGCGGUCUGACGCCCUAGCGAAUGCGUCUAAGCAGUUGGACCUUUUAGAAAGGCAACUGCGAAGCAAAAUCAAAGACACGUUUAUAGAAUAUCGUCUGCUUUUGGAGCGCAGACAAGAGGGACAAAUCGCUAUCUUACACGAUGUAAUAAAAAAACAGAAGUCCCUAAUAAACGCGCGCUUUGUUGAUGUUUGUACCCAAGGGUCCCAGCUUCAAAAGCUGUACGACGCCUUCACAAAAGCUAGACCGUCUAACGAUAUAACGCAGCUGUUUACUGUCCACAAAGAAAUGAAGGAACACGACGCGGAGUUUGCGCGCCAAUCGAACGUAAAUGACGACGAACUAUUCGUUGGAUGCGAUUUUGAAGUAAUAAAUGAGCCAAUAUAUCUGUCAGAAAUGAGCUGCUUAGGUGAAGUCGUUCCAAAACCAGAUUUGGGUCUGAAAAAGCCGGUACCGGCCCAUCAGCUUGCUGUAUUGGACAUGGAGGCCGAUAGACGCAUGCAAGAAGCACAGGGACCAGAUCUUAACGAUUAUGAUGACCUGUAUGUGGAAACAAGCCGAGAAUCCCGUCACGCUCGAGAUGCAUACAUGACUGGGUCCCGCACACGGGACAGACAUGGUGAGCGUGACAGGCACACGGACCGGGUAUUAGAGCGUUCGGCUCGUCUCCGCGCGCAAGAAAUAAUCAACCGAGAGUCACAACAUGACCAGGAUCGCGAUGUCGAUGAAGCUGAAGAAAUGGAACAUGAUUCGUCCGACUUUACGUCCGCUUAUUUGCUGAGAAUAGCAUCACGGUUAAACGCGAGCUCAGCAAAUCUUUCAGAAGCGAUUCUUGACCUUUCGUCUAACAGGGACACCACGCGGUCGCCGGAAGACGAGACGCCAACUUCAACGUCGGGGGGUAGCCGAGGGACCCGGCGGGCUGGGCCCUCGCCUCCCCGAUCCCGACGGUCGGGCCAGAAUGUGCGAGUCGUACGCCAUCCCCAGCAGUACCGACCAAACCCCGACAGGACAGACCGCUUUAUCUCAAGUUCCCGGACAGAGCGCUCCAACACUGACGAAAACUAACAUGCCUUUAAAUGUACUGACAAUACCGAUUAUGUGCUUUUUUCAUUCAAGUAUUUUUGUGUGUGCAAUGUAGUUACUAUGAAGUAUUUUCGUUAUUUAAAAAAACUCGGUGAAUGUAUCUUAAGGUCCACGUAAGGAAAUGGGGCAUUAACGGAGUUACAGCCCGUUCACAUGUACGAUGCAAGAAUGUUUAGACUGAGUAAUGCAUUUUUUAUCAAAAGUGCUAUAGUGGAACUAAAAUCGCUGCAUUUAUAAACAGUAUCUUGCCUCUUUUAUAAAGAUAUUUACUUACAAAACUUUACUCUUGUGUCUUAACAGAUUUUUGUGAUGGUUUUGUGUGAUGUUUUUUUUUCUGUGAUAUACAUGUACAAUUUCUAUCAUUGGUGAAUAAAGAUAUUGACUUAAAGCUUAA